AUGUGCGGGCUCGGCGUUCGCAUGAGCCCCAAGGCAACGAUUUUCAGUACGAGCGAGGCGGCGUGCGACGUGUACGAUGCGGGCGACGACGCCGGCGAGUGCACGUGGGCGUCGCUGCCGCCCGAGCUGCUGCGCGACGUGAUCGCACGCGUGGAGGCGAGCGACAGCUCGUGGCCCGGCCGGCGCAGCGUCGUUGCGUGCGCGGGUGUCUGCCGCUCUUGGCGGGAGCUUACUCGGGAGCUGCGGCAAUCCCAGGGGUCAUACGAGCCGUCAGGGCAAAUAACGAACUCCGACGAGCUGAGGAAGCCCCUGCCGGGGCCGGCACGUUCGCGCAUCCACCAUCCCCACUUUCUCCCAUCCCCUCUCUCCCGCUUCCCCACUUCCCCCCUUCCUCCCCUUCCGCGCAUCCCGCCCUUCCCCCGAUCCCACCUUCCGCCCAUUUCUGCCCGAGACAGCGAGCUGCUGCAAUCCCAGGGCUCGUACGAGUCGUCUGGGCAAAUAACCUUUCCCGACGAGUUAAGAACGCCCGGGCCGCGCGACCGCUGCGUGGAGUGCUUCAUUCGCCGCUCGCGCAAGACCGGCACGUUCACGCUGUUUCUGGGCGUGCCGCCGAAUUCGACGGAAAACGGCAAGUUCCUGCUCGCGGCGCGCAAGUGCGGCUGGCGGCCGUCAAGCCCGCGUUUUCUCUCGGCGCGGCGUCGCUGGCGCACGGCGGAAGCAGCAGCAGCAGCAGCCGCAAGCUGCAUCGGCAGCCCCUUCCCCGGAAGCAGCGCGCACAGCUGCGGGGGAGGCGCAGGUGGGAGAAGCAGCGGGGGGAUUGGCGGGGGAAGCGGCGGGGGGAGCGGGGGAAGCGGGGGGAGUAGCGGGCCGGUGGUGUCUGUAGCAUAUGCGCUGAACGUGCUGGGGGUGCGCGGACCUAGGCGCAUUCUCUGCACUCUUCACCAGGUCCCCGCGGGCGCGGCGGUCACUGGCGGAGGGGGAAGCGGGGCGGCAGGCGCGGGGCGAGGCGCGGGAGGGAAGGCGGGGAGAGGAACGGGGGAGGAAGCGGGGGGGGGGAAGGGGGGAGGGGAGGUCGUUGGCAAGGGGGGCAACACCCCUCCCCCUGCUACCCCUUCCCCCGCAACUGCUGCCGUCCUAGCCGCUGGUGCUGCCGCUGCUGCCGCCACCUCCCCGCUCCUCUCCUCCCUCUUCCAUUCCAACCGCUAUAGUCACACUCGCUACAGUAACCACUCGUGCGAUCUCCCAGAGGAACAAAAAUCGGAUGAGCAAGCACCUGGCCAAUCCCAGCCUCCCACGUGUACCUCCUCUUUCACCCCUUCCCCGCUUCCCCGCCCCUCCUGGCCCUCAUCCCCCGCUUCUUCCCCCUCCGCCGCCCACCCUGCUGGCGCAACCUCCGCCCCGCCCCACUUCCCCGCCCCUUCCGCCCUCCACUCCCCCGCUUCCCCCCCUGACGUGCUAAUUGCCCCCACAGGCUCCUCCGCUUCUCCCUCCCCUUCCGCUUCCGCCUCAGCCGCUCCCCCCUGCCCCGCUUCCGCCUUCCCCCCUUGCUCGAAGCUUCCCUCUUCCGCGCUGUCUUCCGCCUCUCCCGCCGCCCGUUCUUGCGCAUACAGGCUCAAGAGUGGGGAAGAGAUGGGUGCGGGAGAGAGAAUGGGGAGCAGUGGUAAGGAGGAGAGCAAUGAGCAGCAGAGCAUGCGAGAGGAGGGUGUGGAAGCAGGGGGGCAGUGGGAGAAGAAGAGUCAAGAGGAGAGCAGUCCGGAGGAUGGGAGUUUAGAGGAGGGGAAUCAGCAGGAGGAGUGUGGGGAUUGGCCGACAGACGGCGCGUGUGAGCAGCAGGAGAGCAGUGGAGAGGGAAGGAGUGAGCAGGAGGGCAAUCAGGGUUGGUUGCAAGGCAGAGGUUUCCAGUGCUGGUGCUUGAACUUCAGGGGGCGAGUGACAGUGGCUUCAGUGAAGAACUUCCAGCUGAUCGAGGGGGGCGGGCCGGGGAACGACUCUGACAAGCCGUGUUGGUGCCUCAACUUCCGUGGCCGCGUGACAGUAGCAUCAGUGAAGAAUUUUCAGCUGAUAGAGGGGGGCGGGCCGGGGAACGACUCGGACAAGCCGGUGCUGCUGCAGUUCGGGAAGAUUGACAAGGACGCUUUUACUAUGGACUACAGAUAUCCACUCACAGGCCUUCCAGCCCUGCCGGUGCUGCUGCUGCAGUUUGGCAAGAUCGGAAAGGACACCUUUACCAUGGACUACAGAUACCCGCUUACGGCCUUCCAGGUGCGUAGUGCAUGUGCCAAGUGCGUGCUGCUCUGUGUGGCUGAGGUCGGUGCUCUGCCAGUGCUGCUGCUGCAGUUUGGCAAGAUCGGCAAUGACACAUUCGCCAUGGACUACAGGAUACCCGCUCACGGCCUUCCAGGUGGGUAG